AUGCAAGGAACCUGGGCUGACUUCCGGCAUAUCCCUGAACCAGUCACUGUGGCCAGGGGAAUGGGGUUACAGAGACUGUGGAUGCCUGAAGUUCAGGAAGGGAUGUGGGAAGAAAUGAAAAGAUUGCAGAAUCCUUUAGAACAAGUUAAUGAUGGAAAAUAUUUACUUGAAAAUCACCAGUUGGCCAUGGAUGUGGAGAAUAAUAUUGAAAAAUGUCACCUCAAUCUACAGCCCUUGGAAUCAAAGGUGAAAAUCAUUCAGCGAGCCUGGCGCGAAUACCUGCAGCGGCAGGACCCCCAGGAGAAGAGGUGCCUGUCCCCGCCCUCCGUGUCCUCGGACAAGCUGAGCAGCUCUGCCAGCAUGAACACCUUCUCGGACAGCAGCACACCGGUGAGUGCCGUUUUCUUUUCCAUGGUCUGGCUGGCCCAUUGCCUGAUGGCGAGGGCUCCGGCUUCAUGA